GCAGCGGACUGGGCGCCCACGGGCCGGGGCUGCAUGGGGUUCCCGCGCGGCCGGCUCCUCUGGCUGCUGCUCCUGCUUGCAGCAGCCUGCUCCGGGAUCCUCUUCGUCCUGCACAUCUCGGCGGAGGAGCGGUCCCCGGGGUCCCGGUCCGGGGCCAGGGGCAUUCUGUCACCCACAGCCUUCUUUCAGUUGAAGACAUUGAAUUCUCAGACCAGAAAGAACCAGUCCUGCCAACACCCACUUCAUCUGGCCAUUCGGCAGCACCGCCACUUCCGGAACCUGUUUGAUCUCUCCACUCCAGUGCUGCUGUGGGGAGGCCUCCUCACCCCAGAGCUCUGGGACAGCCUGAGCCGACACAAAGGUCCCUACAGCUGGCAGGGGCUCUCCCACCAAGACAUCGUCUCCACCUUGAGGCUUCUGAACAGUUCGGAGAGCGCGAGGCUAUUUGCAGCCCCCAGGAAGUCACCCCCAACCUGCAUUCGGUGUGCUGUGGUGGGUAAUGGAGGCAUUCUGAAUGGUUCCCGUCAGGGUCAGAAAAUUGAUACCCAUGACUACGUGUUCAGGCUCAAUGGAGCAGUGAUCAAAGGCUUUGAGCAGGAUGUGGGCACCAAGACUUCCUUCUAUGGUUUUACUGUGAACACGAUGAAGAACUCCCUCAUCUCUUACCAGCACCUGGGCUUCACCUCAGUGCCACAAGGACAGGACCUGCGCUACAUCUUCAUCCCCUCUAGCAUUCGUGAAUAUCUGAUGCUGAGAUCAGCCAUUCUUGGUGUGCCUGUCCCCAAGGGCCCUGAUAAAGGGGACAGGCCUGAUACUUAUUUUGGACCAGAAGCCUCUGCCAGUAAAUUCAAGCUACUGCAUCCAGACUUCAUCGGCUACCUGACAGAGAGGUUUUUGAAAUCAAAACUGAUUAACACAAAUUUUGGAAAUGUCUAUAUGCCUAGUACUGGGGCCCUCAUGCUACUGACAGCUUUGCAUACCUGUGACCAGGUCAGUGCCUAUGGAUUCAUCACAAGCAACUACAGGAAAUAUUCUGACCACUACUUCGAACGGGAAAUGAAACCACUGAUAUUCUAUGUGAACCAUGACCUGCGCCUAGAAGCUGCCCUGUGGAGGAAGCUGCACAAGGCUGGCAUCCUUUGGCUGUACCAGCGUUAACCCGAAAGCAUCAAGAUCUUUGCUUCUUGCAAAGCUAUGGCCCUGAUCCCAAGUGGCCAAAAGCCUUUUUCUUAACUUUUCAACCUCUGAAAGGGGCUUUACUCCCCUUGACCCUUUCCUCCUUCCCAGCGGAGGGUAUUGAGACAGACCACAGUCAUUACCAAAACCUGUUCAAUGCAGAAUGCCCUAUCUUGUCUUUGGCUCAUUCAAGAAAACCCUCUGGGUCUGAGGCAGACAUCCCACCUUGGCCAAGAGAGAGCGGACUGCUUCAUUGGUUUUGUUUUGAAGUAAAGAGAACACUCCCAAAAUGAGACGGUGACCCUCUCAAGAGGCAAGCUCACCUCAGAGAUAAACAGUUCAAAGACAGCAGUUGGUACUGAAUGAUUUCAGGACUGUCAGUGGUCCUAAACAGGGCUUUGCUGACCACAACAUCAAGCAGCCAUGGGGGCAAGUUCAUGAUCCCCAACCAAACCCUCCCACUGACAUGUCAAGCCCCACACAAAUGCCAAAGCAAUUCAACCUCUGAGGAUGCUUCUUGAGAAGCUUUCUGAGAACAUGAUUCUUCUGCCCCAUAAUAAAGUGGAAGAACAAAAGGUAGUGUAAUUUGAGAUGAUUGCAUAGAUGACCACUUUGUUGUCUUGUGUUGAAGUAGAGAAAGCAUAUAAAAUGUAGGGUGUUUAGCAGGGAUUAUAAGACUCCAACAAGGGCUAGUGUGGGUGGGGUUCCAUAGCCAGCUCUGUACCAAAAAUAAAAAUAAAAAUUCAAGAACAAUGGGAGGUACAGGUGCGUGGUGAACGUGAAUUGCACCAAAGCCUGCCUGCCACUGCAACAAGUUCUGUUAGAGAUGCAUCCCUGCCUUG